AUGACUAACAAUAAAGAUAUUGUACGUAGUUAUUUACAAGACAGAUCAACAUCUCAACAUAAUAAUACAUCAAUGAAAACAAAAUCAUUAACAGAAAUCAAUACAAUAUGUGAAAAUGAUUAUUCAAAUCGACAUGAUUCAAUGAUUACACCUUUAUUUAUUGCAAAAGAUCGAGAAAAACAAGUUUAUCGUUCAAUAUCAAAUGAUACACAUUGUUUUAAUGUGGUUGAUUAUCAAAUACCAUAUUCACAAACAACACAUAUUCCUAAUCUAAUAUUAGAAAAUAGUAAUAAGCAACAAGAUAAACAACCAAUGUUUCCAAAAUUAACACCAAGAACUAAGACUUCAGUAAAAACAUUUCCACUUUUAAUACCCAAAAGUAUAUCUUCAAAUGUUGAUAACAAUAGUUCAAUGCCAACAAUAAGAACAUCAUUAAAACCAAUAUCAUCUGCAUUAAAAAAAUCUUUACCAACUAAAAUACCAAAUGUUUCAACUGAAGAUCAAAAAAAACUUGAAACUACGAAACAUUUACAUUAUCAAGAAUGA